CUUGUCUGACGUGUUGGACAUUGCCCCCCCAAGUCUUCUUCCUUUGCCUUGCUCACCAAGUCUACUAUUACAGUACAUUUUUUAUUAUUACAGUCUUUUUUUUUUCAAAAACCCAACAAAUAUAAAAGAAAACGAUCAAAUCAGUCGGAGAUCUCAUCAAACUAAUACCCAAAAGCCUCUGAAUUUGAUCCAAAACCGAAACCCAGAUUUCAAUCUAUGGCUAAUUCCAACGACGACAGUGUUACUCACGAUCUCCUCUCUCUUCUUUCCUCCGAAGAUAGGGACUUCCUCGUCCGCAACAAUGGGGACCAGGUUAAAAUCAGUUCUUUGGCAGGAAAGAUAGUGGGAUUAUAUUUUUCCGGGUCAUGGUGCGGUCCAUGUCGCCGUUUCACCCCAAAUUUGGUGGAAGUUCAUGAAGAACUUUCAUCUAAAGGGGACUUUGAAGUUGUCUUCAUCUCAUCUGAUAGAGUUGAUGAAGCAUUCGAUGCCUACUUCGCGAAAAUGCCAUGGCUUGCCAUUCCAUUUUCCGAUUCUGAGACAAUAAAACACCUCAAGGAAUUGUUUAAAGUUAGGGGAAUUCCUCAUCUUGUGAUCCUUGAUGGGACUGGUAAGGUUUCAAGUAAUCAAGGUGUUAGGAUCAUACAGGAUUAUGGUGUAGAGGGCUAUCCGUUCACACCAGAAAGAAUCAAUGUUUUGAGAGAGGAAGAAGAGGCUGCGAAGAAGGAACAAUCCUUGAGAUCUAUCUUGGUUUCAAAGUCUCGUGAUUAUUUGAUUUCAAACAAUGGAAUUCAGAUUCCUGUUUCAGAGCUUGAAGGGAAGAUGGUUGGCCUGUAUUUCUCAAUGACUGCUCAUAAAGGAUGCCUCCAAUUCACCACAAAACUUGUGGAUUUCUAUAGGAAACUCAAGGAAAAAGGCCACAAUUUUGAAAUCGUGCUAGUAUCUCUAGACGAUGAAGAAGAGUCUUUCAAGGAAGGUUUUGACACUAUGCUGUGGCCAGCUUUGCCUUUCAAGGACAAGAGCUGUGAUAAACUUAUUCGAUACUUCGAGCUUAGAGCCCUUCCAACAUUGGUUAUAAUCGGUCCAGAUGGGAAAACUGUAAAUCCAAAUGUUGCAGAGUUUGUUGAAGAACAUGGUGUUGAAGCUUACCCCUUUUCACCUGAGAAGCUAGCUGAGCUUGCUGAGAUUGAGAAGGCAAGACUCGAAGCACAAACUUUGGAAUCAAUUUUGGUUUCAGGUGAAAAUGAUUUUGUGAUUGAAAAAAGUGGUUCCAAGGUCCCAGUGUCUGAACUUGUCGGAAAGACCGUUCUUCUCUAUUUCUCGGCCCAAUGGUGCCCUCCAUGUCGUGCUUUUCUACCAAAGUUAAUCUCAAUAUACGACGAGAUUAAGGCCAAGGACAAUGCAUUCGAAAUAAUUUUCAUCUCAAGUGAUCGCGAUCAACCCUCCUUUGAUGACUUCUUUUCAAGCAUGCCGUGGCUAGCCCUCCCUUUAGGUGAUGAGCGAAAGGCAUUCCUCCAACGUAGGUUCAAAAUCAGAGGAAUUCCUGCAGUUGUUGCCAUUGGACCUAGUGGCCGAACACUCACUACAGAAGCCAGGCCGCUGUUGCAAGCCCACGGUGCAGAUGCCUAUCCCUUCACUGAAGACCACUUGAAGAAAUUGGAUGAACAGAUAGAGGAAAUGGCAAAGGGAUGGCCUGAGAAAUUGAAACACGAACUCCAUGUGGAACACGAGCUCACACGAAUCCGUCGUAGUGGUUAUGUUUGCAAUGGGUGUAGGGAGAUGGGGCAUGGCUGGUCUUUUUAUUGCAAGGUGUGUGACUUUGAUCUUCACCCCAAGUGUGCACUCAAGAAAGAUGACCCAAAAGAGAAUGGUGAAGGGGCACCAGGAAAGGCGAAGGAGGGAAGGACUUGCGAGGGAGGCGUCUGCAGGAAAGCAUGAGAAAGCAUAGAUAUAUAUGUGUGUGUGUGUGUGUGUGUGUGUGUGUGUGGAUGGAAGUGUCUAGUGUGCUAUCCUAUGCUAAAUAAGAGUUUGUUGUUGUACAUUUUGUGUGGAGAAGUCUAGAACUAUAAGUAUUUGGGAAGUGAAGACAUGUUCACAUUCAUGGUUGGAACUUUGAUCUACAUCUUCAAAUAAUUAUUGUUAUAUGAAGCUUACAAUUAUAUAUCUUUCA